UAUUUUCCGCGCGGGAGCUUUGGUUAUCAAACAACUAAGUUUGUGGGAAACGACAGCAGAAAACUGUCCAUUUCCUAGUCAUGGCUAUGAGGAGUGAGGCCAGGGUGGAGGCGGAGGUGGUGGAGGAGGAGGAGAACUAUGGACCCCAACCUCUGAGCAGACUGGAGCAGUGUGGCAUCAGCGCCAGUGACAUUAAGAAGCUGGAGGACGCAGGUUUCCACACCAUCGAGGCCGUGGCCUACGCACCCAAAAAGGAACUGCUCAACAUCAAAGGCAUCAGUGAAGCCAAAGCCGACAAGAUCCUGGGUGAAGCUGCUAAACUGGUGCCCAUGGGCUUCACCACAGCCACAGAGUUCCACCAGAGGAGAGCAGAGAUCAUCCAGAUAUCCACCGGCUCCAAAGAACUGGACAAACUCCUGCAAGGAGGCAUCGAGACAGGUUCCAUCACUGAGAUGUUUGGAGAGUUCCGGACGGGGAAGACUCAGCUGUGUCACACACUGGCCGUCACCUGUCAGCUGCCCAUAGAUCAGGGAGGAGGUGAGGGUAAAGCCAUGUACAUCGACACCGAGGGAACCUUCAGACCAGAGAGGCUGCUGGCUGUGGCUGAGAGGUACGGCCUGGUGGGCAGUGACGUUCUGGAUAACGUGGCGUACGCUCGUGCCUUCAACACAGACCAUCAGACCCAGCUGCUGUACCAGGCGUCCGCCAUGAUGGCCGAGUCCAGGUGA